AUGGCUACCCCUAGUGUCCUCGCUUUUGACGCUGAGGGUCGGGCCAUUGACUUUGACGUCUGGGUAGAUGACCUGCAGCUUUUCCUACAGUGCGAUAGGGCACACGGUCUCUCCCUCUUUGACCUCACCUCUGGUGCCUCUCCUGCUCCUGCUGCUGAUGCUGACGCCACUGUUCGCUCACAGUGGGCCACUCGCGAUGCUGCUGCACGUCUUGCUGUGCGUUGCCACCUGCCUACCUCUGAGCGUGCGCACUUUAGCCAGUACAAGAGUGCUCAGACCCUGUACGACGCUGUAGUUGCACGCUACUCCUCCCCUGCCACUGCUGCACUGAGCCGCCUCAUGCUACCAUACCUCUUCCCUGACCUUGCUGCCUUUCCCACAGUCGCUGACCUCAUUACGCACCUCCGCACUAGUGACACUCGCUACCGCACUGCGCUUCCUCCUGACUUCUUCAGGGACCACUUCCUCUCAGUUUGCCCCACCACUCUCACUGUUGACCUCCUCGAGAAGGCCCUCCUAGCAGCCGAGAAGAGCAUAGUCGCUGUAGGAGCCUCUCGUGGUGACCCUCGCACCCCCAUCUUUGAGGGGUGUUCCCCCUCCCCCCUUUUGCCCUCUUUUGCCUCUGCUGCUGCGGCCGACCUCGUUGGGCUUGAGUCGGUCGGUGCGGCGUCUGCCCCUAGCGGGAGACGCCGCUCUAGCAAGGGCAAGGGGGGCAGGGGCGCUGGAGAAGCUAGCGGGGGCGGUGGAGGCGGCGGUGGAGGCGGCGGAGGGAGUGGGGGUUGCGGUGGGGGUGGUGGCGGGGGUGGAGGUGUCGGUGGCGGCAGUGGAGGCGGAGGCGGCGGCGGUGGCGGUGGGAGCGGAGGUGGCGUAGGUGGCGGCGGUAGAGGAGGCGGUGGCGGAGGAGGUGGAGCUGGUCGGGGUGGCGCUGCGCAGAGGGUCGGCUCCGGUGGUGGUCAGUGCCAGCAGCAGCAGCGGCAGCAGCGCACUCGUGACAUCCCCCCCCCUCAGCAGCUCCGUGAGUGGUACGCUACACGCCAGCGGGGUGGGGGUACUGGUCCGUGCACCUACGUCCUACGCACCAGUGACCGUGCGGGUGAGCAGUGUGGGGGUGCGCACUCCACCCAGCGCUACUUUUGCCGCCUGACGUACGCUUGGCGUCACCAGUUCCCGGAGGCCACGGAGAUCCCCCGCUGGGGUGAGCUCUCUAGGUUGGGAGUAGCUAUCUUUGACCUUGACUUUGAUGCUAUUCUUGCUGCCAUGUAUGCUGUGACUAUUAGUGAUGAGGGUGACAAAUACCGGUGUUUCCCGCCCGACCCGGGCAUUGAGACUGCUGCUCUUGGUACUGGUAAGGCUGCUGCUCUAGGUGCUAGCGAGGCUGCUGCUCUAGGUGCUAGUGCGUCUGCUUCCUCAGGUGCUGGUGAGUCCGCGCUCUCAGGUACCGAGCCGGCUUCGGCCUCCCUCACCUUCACCCUUGACUCGGGGGCUUCUCGCUCCUUCUUUCGAGACCGCACCACACUCACGCCGCUUGGUCGGCCAGUUGCAGUCUCUCUGGCAGACCCCUCUGGGGGUCCUGUCCUUGCUCACUUCUCCACUGUCCUCCCGUGUCCGGCGGCUCCCUCUGGCACCCUGUCUGGUCUUUACCUCCCCUCGUUCUCUACGAACUUGGUGAGUGGUGCUGACCUUCAGGAUGGGGGAGUUCACCAGUUCACUCCUGCGAGCCAGCGGGUGACCCACUGCACGGACGCUCGGACAGGCCGACACUUGGCCACGUUUACUCGUCGGCCGGGGUCGAGCCUGUACACACUGACCACUGCGUCUCCUCCUUUCCCUGCGUCUGGUCAGGUAGCUGCGUCGGGGCCUGGCCCUACCUGCGUCCCAUGUGUCGAGGGGCGCCAGCUGGCUGCCCCUCACUCCUCCCAGUUUCCUCCGACUGAGGACCCACUGCAGACGCUUCACAUGGACGUGUGGGGCCCCGCCCGCGUCCGUCGACUGGGUCACGAGCGCUACUUCCUGCUGGUGGUUGACGACUACUCGCGUUACACCACAGUCUUCCACUUGUGCAGCAAGGGUGAUGUCACUGAGGUGUUGAUCGACUGGAUCCGCGCAGCUCGUCUCCAGCUCAGGCAGAGCUUCGGCUCGGACUUUCCUGUUCAGCGUCUGCACUCUGACAGAGGCGGAGAGUUCUCCUCUGGCCUUCUGCGAGCCUACUGUCGUGCACGCGGCAUCCGCCAGACCUUCACGCUUCCGGACUCUCCACAGCAAAAUGGGAUUGCUGAGCGCCGCAUUGGCAUGGUCAUGGACGUCGCCCGUACAUCCAUGAUGCAUGCGGCUGCCCCCCAUUUUCUGUGGCCGUUUGCGGUUCGGUUCGCGGCGCAUCAUCUCAACCUUCACCCCAGGGUCUCCAUGCCGGACACCUCCCCAGCUUUGCUGUGGACGGGGAAGGUUGGCGAUGCGUCUGCGUUCCGUGUCUGGGGAUCUCGGGCGUUUUUCUGCGACUUGUCUACGGACAAGCUGUCCCCUCGUGCUGCUCCCUGUGUCUUCCUUGGCUUCCCCCCUGACGCUCCUGGGUGGCAGUUCUACCACCCCACCUCUCGUCGUGUUCUGUCCUCCCAGGACGUCACGUUUGACGAGUCGGUCCCCUACUACCGCCUCUUCCCCCACCGCACUCCGUCCCUCCCCCCACCACCCCUCUUCCUUGUGCCAGGUCCCCCCCUGGUGGACCCCCUCCCCCCUCAGGGUCCUGCCCUUUCAGGUGUGUGCCAGGUAGACGCAGUCGAGCCUGUCGAGGUUACUGGUGACUCUGGUGCUGCUGAGGGUGCUGAGCCUGGGGGUGCUGACUCUGGGGGUGCUGAGCGUGUGGAUGCUACGCCUCGGGGUGCUGAGCCUGAGGGUGCUACUACAGAGGGUGCUGAGCCUAGGGGUGCUGAGCCUGGGGGUGCUACCACUGGGGGUGCUGAGCCUGGGGUUGCUGAGCCUGGGGUUGCUACGCCUGGGGGUGCUGAGCCAGGGGGUGCGGAGCCUGAGGGAGCUGGGCCUACUCGUGUGGCGUCUGGCGGUGCUGAGCCUAGAGGUUCUCCGGGUGCUUCGUCUCGGAGGGAGCCACUCUCUUCACAGGAGUUGCGCGAGUGGUUUGCCCGGCGCUGGAGGUGCGCUGCUGGAGCUGGAGGUUCUUCGGCUGUUGAGGGUGCUGCUACCGCGGGUCCCGGAGUUGCUCGUACUGGGAGUACUGGAGCUGCUGGGCCUGCGGGUACGACUAGAGCAGGAGCUGCUGAGGGUGUUGGCACUGAGGCUACUGCUGUCGGUCCUGGAGGCGGUGCUGCUGGAGGUACUAGAGUUGGAGGUGCUGCUGGCGCUGGUGUUGCCGCUGGGGGUACACGUGCUAUCCCUGCUGUGUCUGGAGUCGCCGCGCGGCCUCGGCCGUACUUCGUUCCGCUCCUUCAGCAGGUUCUUGGUCUCCCGCCUUCUACUGGUCCUUCUCCUCCCUUAAAGUGUCCACAGCCUGUCCCGUCACAGUUACAGCCGGCCUCUCCACUGCCUGCUCCUUCUCCCUACACUGGUCCUACUGGAGGUCUUGCUGAGCGUCGUGAGCCUGCGUCUUGCCCUACGUCGCCUGUCCGUCCUGCUCGCACUAGUGGUCGUGGUUCGCGUCAGCGUCCUCCUCCUGUCUCUGGCACGCACCGGAUGUCUCUGCGUCCGUCCACUGCUCCUCUGCGUGCCCCUUUGCCUUCUCCUCCUGAGUCCUCUCUUCUUGGUCUUGCCGACCCGGAGUCGGACUCUCUUCGUGCUGCCAGUCCUACUGUCACGCGUCUCCUUGUUACUGUCGUCACUGACCCUUCCUUUGAGUCCACUGCUGCGUCUGCCCUAGUUACUGAGCUUGUCGACUUUACUGCUCGCUGUCGUCUAGACUACGCUGCUAGUCUUGUCGUUGAGUCUGAGUGUGUUUGUCCUCCGUCCGUCGGGGGUGAGUGUGCCCUUGGCACGGACGUCCUUGAGGACAGGCAGGAGGAGUUCCAGUGUCUGGCUGCUGCUUCACCUCAUCUCGUGUCCGCACUGCUUACCCCCGAGGGAGACCCGGAUGCACUUGACAUCCCGACUCCGCGCUCUUACGCGGAGGCGAUAGAGGGUCCCUAA